GAGCUGUGAGGAGCAGAAGGAACAGGGUGGCGGUGGAGGAGAGCCAGAAACCGGAGGAGGGGAACAAAAAAAAAAAGGACUGCACAGUUUGGGGGAGUGGAGUAGUUUGUGAGAUGCCUCGAAGAGACAGCUACACCCACAAAGACCUGAAGGUGUUGAGCUUCAGUUGAGGAUGGCGGGAGAUUCCAGAAUCCUCAUGGACCACAACAUGGAGAUAGGUGUCACGCCUGCACAGGUGAAGAAGCUUCCUAAGCACUUACGGGAGGCCCAGAUAUCAACCGAGCGAACACACUUGAUAUCCGACCCCUCCAAGAAGCCACGUCAACGCUAUGUGCAAAAGGACGGCAAAUGUAACGUUCAUCAUGGAAACGUGCAAGAGACCUACCGUUACCUCAGUGACUUGUUCACCACGCUCGUCGACCUCCGCUGGCGUCUCAGUCUCUUUAUUUUCACACUCGUCUAUGUCGUCAACUGGCUUUUCUUUGGCUUCCUGUGGUGGCUGAUCGCGCUCAUCCGCGGGGAUCUGUUGCAUGCGGAUGAGGAGGGCUGGACCCCUUGCGUGGAGAACCUCAACAGUUUUGUCUCCGCUUUCCUCUUCUCCAUUGAAACUGAGACCACCAUCGGGUACGGCUAUCGGGUCAUCACGGAAAAAUGCCCAGAAGGUAUCAUACUGCUUUUGGUGCAGGCCAUCCUGGGUUCCAUUGUGAACGCCAUGAUGGUUGGCUGCAUGUUUGUCAAGAUCUCACAGCCAAAGAACCGCGCCGAGACCCUCAUGUUCUCGCACAACGCCGUCAUAUCGGUGCGAGACAACAAGAUGUGCCUGAUGUUUCGGGUGGGGGACCUGAGGAAUUCUCACAUUGUGGAGGCCUCCAUCCGAGCAAAGCUUAUCCGCUCGCAGCAGACCAAGGAGGGGGAGUUCAUCCCGCUCAACCAAACUGACAUCAACAUCGGCUUCGACACGGGAGAUGAUCGCCUCUUCCUGGUGUCGCCGCUCAUCAUCUCGCACGAGAUCAACGAAAAGAGCCCCUUCUGGGAGAUGUCCAUGGCACAAAUGGAGAAGGAGGAAUUUGAGAUCGUGGUCAUCCUCGAGGGCAUGGUGGAGGCCACAGGGAUGACGUGUCAAGCCAGGAGUUCCUAUCUGGACACAGAAGUGCUUUGGGGUUACCGCUUUACACCGGUUCUCUCUCUGGAGAAGGGCUUCUAUGAGGUCGAUUACAACAACUUCCACGACGUCUAUGAGACCAACACCCCCGCGUGCAGCGCCAAGGAAAUGGCGGCGAAGCUUCGGGAUGGGCCGCUAUUGCCGCAGCUGUCACUGCUGAGCCCCGAACCAAAAAUGCAUACUUUUGGCCUGUCUGACUUGGACCCACUUAGCCAGGAUGAAGACAAGGAGGAAAGAGAAUCAGGAGGUGACAAAGGAGAGACUAACGGCUCGGCGGCUGCUUUGGAGGAGACUCCCUUUGCUGACGGACUUCCUGGCUGAUUAGCCAUCAGACAAAAAGAAAAAACUCAACCGGAGAGGAUUGGACAUUAUGAUAUUUAAUUUAGUCAAUGGCCAUCUUGUCGCAUUGCAAAGCUUCGAGACACUGAACCAUGCAAUACUCCUUUUCUCGUACUAGAGCAUCAAUCUAUAGAACGGAUUGCUUUUUAGACAUGUACUGUAAGCACCAACGCACAUCUAUAUCGUCACAUAAAAGUUGGUUUUAACUGAUUGUCUUUUUAUAAUCUUAUCAUGAUACCCGCCGACCACAAUGCCAGCUAACAAUAGCAGGGUACACACAAAGACGACAUGACAAGACAAGAUAGCAUUGUAUCGUUCAAAUGGUGUGAGGUGUACUCGGAACACAGCACACCACACAGUUGAUCUGUCCUCCGACAAUCAGAGUCUUGUCCCCCCAAAAACACGUGAGCAAACGACAUAGAAGCCGGUUUGACCUGUGAGAGGCAGAAAUCCGCAAGUGGGUAUCCAGACUGCUGCGGGUGAAAAAAAGCAAGGCUGCCUGUAAGAAUUUCUUGCCACAACUUCUUUGUCAUUUCUUUUUGCGGUAAGAUUUGGAUAACACUCAACUCAAUGAGCUGACUCUCUGAUCCUGAAGUCCUCUCACUGUGAGCUUUGCAUCUGUUACCAUUGCCGUUCGUUUCUUUUCAUAUGCUCAUGUGAUGACUGGCAAUCGUUUCGCGACGCCGAACGAUCCCAGAGCUCCAUGUCCUGUCGACAAUAUUCUAAGAUGAAUAUUGAACAUAAUGCGUUUUGUCGGCUCUAACCGGGGAAGGUAAAGGAUGACUGGACAGGAUAAUCAUCGCACAUCAGUUGAUGGGGUCUUUUGCCGGCUUUGGUUGGAACGGGGAGAAUCAGGAUCAGACUCAGGAUUAUCUUUAUGUGUGUGCCCUGCUCGACUUGUACGAGAUAUGUCUGAGGAAGUUGAGCUGAUACCAGUAGACGAGACAGAUUGCACUAGGCUCCUUAUGGAGAGAGCUGUUUUAGCUAAUAGAUAUGCUAGUCUCUUCGCUCGGAUGGCAUACGGUCUGUAUGUGCUACUUACUUGUCGGAAGAUAUACAAUGCGAUCCAAAUGCAACCUGUACUCAACCAAUAUGCAGUUUUCGUUUGUGUAGCUUCACAUCCGUGUGACAUUGAGUUUUUUGCCCGAAAGGAAUCCAGCUUGCACCACAUUCUAUGCUUAUUUUCGGGGUAAUUAGCUGUAGCAGAGGCUGGUGCAGGAUGAUGCGAUUGAGUGGCGGACUGACUUGAAGUAAGAUCCCCCCCCACCACCCCCGACUAUUGUGAAGUGUCAUUUCAUCAAAAGCAGGAGUAAAUACGAAAUGGGCAACGGUUAACAUGCUUUUAGAAAUUGACAAAAACCUCGGCAUUGUGUUACAGAAGCCAAGCCAAUAUGCAACGACUCAUAUUGUGGUGAAGACCGCAUAAAAUGAGACCCAUGUCAAGACUAAAACUGUCUUUGAGGACAUGGAACGAAGAAAACCAAGACAGCGUAUAUUAAAUUCUUAAGAAAUCUAUCAAAUCUG